GGAAGACUGUCUUCGAAUAUAAGAAGCGAUGGUUCUCCCAGUUCUUCUUAGGUUUUUUUUUUAUCAUCCGCAACCAGAUCCAUCUUUCCAAACAGGUCAACCAUCAUCUCUGCUUCUUACACAUCCACCGAGCCUUCAAGUUCCUGAAAGUCCAAAAUACAAUCAAAAUGCAGCUAUCUACCUUCUUCGUCACCUUCCUGGCUACCGCCGUCCUCGCCAAUCCUACCAAGCGUGGAUACGCAGGUAGUGAUGCUCUCUACGACCCUUGCAGCGGUCUCUAUGACUCUGCUCAAUGCUGUGCUACCGAUGUUCUCGGUGUAGCAGAUCUCGACUGCAGUGCCCCCAGCGCAGUUCCUCUCACCGCGCUUGAGUUUGAGGCAACCUGCGCUCUCAGUGGACAGCGAGCACGCUGCUGUAUCCUACCUGUCCUUGGCCAGAGCGUCCUUUGCCAGACCCCCGUUGGAGUUUAAGAGACGAUUUGAAAGGCAUCAUGCAAGGCUUCUGGGGAAAAGGCAACACUCGGAUAGAAGUUAUUUCUCUUCAAAAUACUUCGCCUCGUCAAUAGCUUCUUAGUGUGGGCCUCAGUCAUGGCAGGUGUGACGAAGCAGUUGUGAUGGAUUGUCGGCCUUUUAAAUAUUUGUAAUUGAAAGUGGAAACUUUUCCAUCCUUCACGAAUACUUGACUUUUGGUAAUCGCGUGAUUAUAUUAUUGUGCAAUUUUUGAUAUCACGCAUUCCAU